UGUGUCUAAGAAGAGUUCCAGUGGAGAACUGAUUUAGUGGUGUAUUCAAAACAUAAUUUUGCUUCUUUGUUAAUUAGGGAAAAUUUUAUUCUUUUUUAAUUGUUUAGUUAUAAAAAGCCAUCAAUAUGUUGGAUGUCACUGGUAAAACUACAGAUAAUAAAUUGCUGACGGGCUGUAUAGACUUUACAGCGGGUUCUUUGGGUGGCGCCCUACAAGUUUAUGUUUCCCAACCUCUGGACACGGUGAAGGUAAAACAACAAGCCUUUCCCAAACUCUACAACAAUAUGGUGGAUUGCUUUGUAAAAACCUAUCGGCAAGAUGGUAUUUUCCGCGGUCUAUAUGCCGGUUCCAUACCAGCUGUUAUAGCAAAUGUGGCUGAAAAUUCUGUAUUAUUUGCCGCCUAUGGUGGCUGUCAAAAGGCGGUGGCAUAUGGCAUGAAAAUAGAGCAUACUAAAGAUUUGCCAGUAAUAGGAAAUGCAUUUGCAGGAUUUUUGGCUGCAUUCUUUUCGACGUUCACACUAUGUCCCACGGAAUUGGUUAAAUGUAAAUUGCAGGCUUUAAGAGAGAUGCAACUACAAAAUCCCAAAGCUUCUAAUAAUGUGCAUAUUACACCCUGGAAACUUACCAGACAAAUAAUGGCUACUGAAGGUGUACCCGGUUUCUUUAGAGGCCUCACAUCAACAUUCAUGCGUGAAAUGCCCGGUUACUUCUUUUUCUUUGGUGGCUAUGAGGGCACCAGACAAUUUUUGGCCAAACCCGGACAAUCCAAAGAAGAUAUAGGCGCUUUAAAAACUAUGUUCGCUGGUGCCGUAGGUGGUGUCACUUUGUGGACGUCUAUUUUCCCAGCCGAUGUUAUUAAAUCACGUAUACAAGUUAAUAAUCUUAAGAGAUCAAUGACCUCGGUAGGUUUGGAAAUAAUACGCAAAGAAGGUGUUGUGGCUUUAUACAAUGGUCUAUUGCCCUCGGUGUUGCGUACUAUACCAGCAACAGCUACUUUGUUCUUAGUAUACGAAUACACCAAAAAGACUUUGAACGAAUUGGUGUGA